CCUCAUUGCGAGAGUGGAAAGUUGUGAAAGACCAGAUAAGCUGCACUCUGGGAAUGGGACCGAAAAUUACAAGUAAGAAGAACUUCGCCUUCUAUCGGGUCUUUCCACUCCAAAGACAUCUUUUCAUCCAAAGGGAAUAAAUGUUUCUUCUUAAGAUGGAACAGGUGUAAGAAAAUCACAAAUGGGAUAAAGUAGGGAAAUUAUUUUUUUUUCUUAAAAAAAAAAGACACUCUUAGUGUUCACCCACAAACUUUGUUUUAAAUUGAAUGUUAACGAAUAGAGACUUUUGAAAAACAUUUAUGACACCGAGGCUUUGAGGUACUGUAGUCUACACAUGUUCUUCCCUACAAUAAAGCAACGGAAGUCUUUUGUUAGAAAGGCUGUGAUUUCUAAAGGUGCGUCUCUGGGGCCCUGCGGUAUAUGGCGCUAAAAGGUGUCAAGGCACGCAGAGAGGUUUAUUGGUAUCCAUCUGAGUUAACAUGGCAAAGUGGUUCAAGGAGUUUCCUAUCAAUCUGAAGAACGGUACCGACAGGAUCCGCUCAGCCUCCGAGUCAGGCUCGCAACCAAGAGCCAACAAAGCCGGACUGGUGGCCAGCAUUGGUACCAAAACAACAGCCUCCAAAACGGGCCAUCGCAAGAACUCCGCUGCCGACAGCACAGGCGGAGGAGCUGGAGGAGUCGGGUCUCUCCUGUCCGGGAGAAACAGAAAGAACUCUGCCUUAGAGUUGAGUAAAAAUGGUUCAAGCUUCCCGAAAGAUGGGAAAGUUUGGGACAACCUCCUGUCUGGUAAAAGUCGCAAAAACUCCAAAGCAGAGUCUGUUUUUGAGGAGCAGCACAGACCGCUGAAAACGUCUCCAUCUGCAAACUCCUACAUAAACCGGCUGAUCAGAGUGGACAAACAGGACAAAAGCCCCAACUUCAACAGCAGCACCAUCACCAACCCUUUGGUGCCUGAAGCAGAGAAACCAGGCCAAUGCAAGACAGAAACAGUGAUCAUCCUUGAGGAUUACGCAGAUCCCUUUGAUGCUCAGAAGAAAAGAGAGUCGAGGGAAGUCGAGAGGGUCGGGGAGAACGAUGGUUACAUGGAGCCUUACGAUGCCCAGCAGAUGAUAACAGAGAUUAGACGUCGAGGGUCCAAGGACCUGCUGAAGGCAUGUGUGCUGAUCGAGGUGAGCGAGGGAACGGUGGAGGAGGGUCAGCCCGUGCCUUUACAGAUAUAUGACGUCCCCUACGAGGGGGCCGGUGACGGGGAGAAGACGGCGGUCACACGGCCCGAGAUCGAUCCUCGACCUUCCGCUGAGUACGAGCUGCCCUGGGAGUGGAAGAAGGAGCAGACUGUGAAAACUCUGUCAGCACAGUUUGACAGCCCUGAAUGGCAAAACAGAGAUGAGACGCUUCACCCUACACUCACCAGGCAGCCGCAACAUCCGCCCGCCCAGUCGCCACCGCAGCAUCAGCAGCAUCAACAACAUCAACAGCAGCAGCAUCAUCUGAGGCAGAAAAGCUGGACGCAGAAGAUCCUCCGUUCCUCCCCUCCCACCCUGCCACUCUCCUCCAUCUCCAACAGCAACCCUGAAACUGAGACCUGCUGUGUUGACCCCUCCCUGCCCCUGGAGAAACAAAGCUGGUACCAUGGCUGUGUGACACGUCAGGAGGCGGAGUUCCAGCUGCAGUUCUGCAAAGAGGCCAGCUUCCUGGUCAGGAACAGCGAGUCGGACAACAGCAAGUACUCCAUCGCCCUCAAGACAAGCCAAGGCUGCGUUCACAUCAUCGUUGCUCAGACCAAAGAAAACGGAUACACCCUGGACCAGAGCAGCUGCGUGUUCCCCAGCAUCCCAGAGGUGGUGCACCACUACUGCACUCAGCGCCUGCCUUUCAACGGCGCCGAACACAUGACCCUGCUGCACCCUGUGCCUCGCAUCCACUGACUCCACCCUGGCCCUGCUUAGCCAUAAGGUCUCCCUGCGGUCUUCUAUCAAGAUGGAUUUCAUGAACUUGAGGAAAGCAGGCCUUCUCAAAUUCUACCCAGGAGAGAGAGCUACACCUGGAAAGGAAUUAAUCAUGACAUGAUAUAGACCUGGAGCCAUAUCUGCUACUGUAUACUUGAAUGAAUAAUUUCAUUUUGUUGUCACAUGCAUGCCACCCUACUCUCAUGCAAUCGCUGCCCCUUUCAUGACAGCUUGAUGUGAUUGCUGUCUGAUGGAAGUUGUGGCUUGACAUCUGGGUGUCGCUUGACCAGCUUUGUUUGUAACCAAAGUGUGCCUGCCUUCCUUAUCAGAUGCUUCAGGCUCGGUGACAUGGCCUGGCUUUGUGUUGCUCAUCACACAGGCAGCAACUGCCAUGUGUGAUCUAUCAGGAGAGACUUGUGUCUUUUAGGUUAAACCGGCUUGCCUCGUAAGGUCAGGCUUGUUUUUAGAUACUGUUUGCAGGAUGUCCUCCAGCCAUUGUUUGUCCAAGUGUGGUUGAAAAGGUCUUGUGUGAAUUAUGUAACUGUCUCACAUCACAACUCCUGCUGAAGGCCUGUCUCUUACAGCUGAUACACCUCAAUCACAGAUCAACUGGAAUUUCUUUUGAGUUAAUUAACAUUAAAUUAUAAUAUUAAAUAAAUAUAGAGUUUAAAAUAACACUUGUUGCAUGUGAAAGGACACAGCCUUUUAGAUUAGAGGCCAAAUAAUCAAAACUUGUAAUCCACCUAUAUAAUGGGAUGAAUUGUAAGUGCUGUUCUUCUGUUAUGUACUUCACUUGGGUAUUUACAUUUGAUGCAACCUGCUAACAUUCAAUUUUCAGAGGAAAAUGUUGUACUUUGUACUGCAAUACAUUCAUUCAAGAAAUAAAGUCAAUUUUUGCUUUUUUAGAUAAAGAUUUCAUUAAAAUGCUGGAUAAUCUUAUAAAACACAAUGCAUCAUUAAACACUGGACCAGUUGCAACCAACCUUUUUUGCUUUUCCCCCUUUUCACAUUAGAGAUUUGAGAGCGUCACCAUAGAAGGAUCCCCAUGUAAAUCUUAAAUGUUUUCUUUCAGAUGAUGAAAGGCAAACAUUAGAAAAAAAGUCAAAAGUAUGUUUGCUAUGGGUAGAAUACUAUUUAAUUUCCUUCUCUGCUAACACGUUAAUCAUGUCAUGGCAGCUUUAUCCUGUGAUCCUGAAGGGGAACCGACCAGCAAUAAAUAAAAAAUGCAACUUAUGCCUGGAUACACCCGUGUUAACAUUAAAUAUGAUCAUAUUAUAAUAUUUAACUCAUAGGGGGGCGUUUUUCUGUGAAAAAAAAAUACUGAAAAUGAUUCUCUACUUUUGUUGUUGUUGUUUUUACUUAAAUGGAGGAUCUGAAUACCUCUUCCACCACUGCAAGUGUACAGCAUUUUUGUAAUUGUAUGUGACACAGUUUCUAUUUGACAUAUGGAGACUUUAAGGUUUUUCCUGUUUACAUAUUAAAUAAUUUCUCUUUUUAAUGUU